AGUACCCUUGGCAACAGGUGGAAGUGUUCGCUGCAACCACCAACCCUAGCCGCUCAACAACUCUUCUUUUUUUUUGGACCGAACUAAACCCCGCCUUCUAAACAAUAGAAAACGUAAUCACUUUGCUUUCACAAUAACCCCGGGCAAGCUGGACGAACGGGCCGUGUUUUCGGAAAUGAGGAAAAGCACCGAAGAAAUUGCAAGCUUUUCAUUCAGCCACUAGAAUUUUUUAAUACACGGGUCUGCUGACGUUUGUGUGGGAGUUCAAUUUGCAUGGAUAGUCGCAUUUUGUUUCCGGUGAAAUAUUCGGUAAUGCUGCAAGCGUCGAGGAUGCUUAGCUGAGCCCAGUAACCCUGUUGAUUCGAAGCGAGGCGAUGUCACAAACUGCAGUGAAGAUUUCCUCCAGGAUCAGGGAAACUCUCAAUCCACCAAAAGCCGACGCCGAUGCGAAGUAGCGAAGAGAUAUGUCGUGGUGUAAGGAAGAAAAAUUCGAGAAAUGCCGAAAUCGUUUCUGAUUAAAAAAAAGUCCAAAGAAUAUAAUAAUAACACGUCGACGGCGGCGGGGACGGGAAAAAGCAAGAAAAUAAAAUUAGAUGAGAGCGAUACAACCGAAGACAACCUUAUUUCACAUAUAGAAAAUCCCUCGAAACUACACUCGAACGGACGCAUCAGUGAGUCAACAAGCGAAUGCGAGGAUUACAAUGAAGGGAAAAGCGAGGAAAAUGGCGAGGAUGGGGAAGUGGAUGAGAAUGGGAACUUGGUUGCUAGCGUGAAGUCAGUGUGCGCCGAUGGUCGCAGCAAAGGUAAUGGUGGCAAUGGAGGAAAAAGGAGUCGAUAUGUUUGCGCCGAAUGCGGAAAAUCGUACGCGACCUCGUCGAAUUUAUCGCGACACAAACAAACGCAUCGUAGCCUUGAUGGCAAGCUGGCGAAGCGGUGUCACCAAUGCGGGAAAGCAUACGUCUCCAUGCCUGCCCUAGCGAUGCACGUCCUUACACACAAGCUACUACACAAGUGUGAGAUAUGCGGGAAAUCAUUUAGCAGGCCGUGGCUGCUUCAAGGGCACAAGCGGUCGCAUACGGGAGAGCGACCUUAUUCUUGCCCUGAAUGUAACAAGGCAUUCGCGGAUCGUUCCAACCUCCGCGCACAUCUCCAGACUCACAACCCGCUAAAACAAUACAAAUGCGAGAGAUGUGAUCGCACGUUCGCGCUCAAGUCGUAUCUAAAUAAACACCUAGAGUCGGCUUGUUCCCGCGACUCGUCAGAGAAAAACGAGGAUUCGCCCUAGGAUUAGGUAAAUAAUUCUAGCAAGCUAGAAAAUGUAGCAUGAUUUUAGUACAAGAAUACCAUAAGGAUGUGCUUCCUGUGGGAAAUAUACACAAUAGAAAGUGGGUAUAGAACUAGGAAGAUUCGCCUAAAGUAAUACCGCUCGUUGAACGAGCAAAUUUCGUUAAGCUUUGGUCUACAAAGCCAGAGUAGAGAGUUAUUCAUACGAGGAGCAGUUCGCUGUGCGAUGCACUGAAGACUUAGCUUGGUUUUAUAUAUAUUCAAGGGGAUUUUCUUUCUAAGAAAGAUUUUUUUAGCUAUAUUAUAAUUAUUGAUUGUACAGUGUGUUUACAUAUGAUCCUGCUUCGGCACUAAGUUGUACAUACAAAGUUUGCAUAUAGACGGGGAAGAUUAUAGCAAUUUUAAUUUUAGUAUUUGAAACGAUUUUUCGCCGAAUUAACAUAUAACAUUUAAUUUAUUUGGGACCUUCGUUGUACCAUUUUACGUUCACAAUUUCAAUUUAUUUUGAGUAAGGCUUUUAUUCACGUAAAAAUGUUUAGCCUCUAAUAGUACCACUUAGCAUCUUUAUGAUUUUGGUCGAAAUCGUGACCAUAGAAAUUUCUUGUAAUGCUUAUUUCUCUAACCGCGCUCUUUAAUAUUGAUCAAAUAUUUUCAACUGUUCGAGUUUUUUUACUCGAUAUUUUUCUAUGCUUGUAUGCGAGGCUUAAUUUACGCUAUUGAUAUUCAAACGCUUUUUGUCAAAUAUUUCUUGGGCACUGCUGGGCAGUUCAAUAUGAAAACUUUUUCCCUAUUGUUAUUUUUUGCAGAUGUAAUUCUUAAUAAUAAUAUGUUGGAUUUCUAUUACAAAUUUCACUUUUAACUUACCGAAAUAAUUCAGGGUAUGUUUGUGUACAUACAUUAUAUAACAUACAAUUUGUUGCUGAUUUAUUGCGAUCGAUAUAAUACUAAAAAAAGGGAAAACACCCAUUUCAUAUGAGAUCUUAUCAAGAAUCGUAAUCGUCAUGGAAUCGAUUUCCGAAUGCAAAACAAAAUGAAUUGUAACAAGAAUAGCAAAAGAUUCUAUCAGAAAAAGUUGAUUCUAAUACAAAGUCUUGUUAUCGAAGACACCGGAGUAUUUGCUAAAGCAUGUUAUUAUUUUUUCAAAUUAAUUUUAAUUUAAUAACUGUCACGAAGUACUUGCGUGUUAUACACUAUGUAACUAAAGCAACUGUAGCGGUGGCAACGUCAACUAUACCAUAUGCUAGUCUGUACAUAUCACGAGGUAUUUAGUUGAAACUGAAAGCUGAAAAGUACGUGUAUGACCGACCAUACGUACGUUAAGGGUAGAGGUAGUUAUGUACACGGUGGGGUCUGCUUCGACCCUAUCAAGACAGUCGUGGCGAAAGCGCUCGGUAAAACGACCCGAAGUGAACAAGCUAGUAACGCGGCUAGUGGAGAUUGAAAAUAGCUCGAGUCAAGAGACAGACAAGUCUUCAUGUUAUUCGGGAUAUAGUUCUCACUUAUGAUAAUCUCAAUGCAUUAAGCAAGGGCGUUCGAGUUUGGAUCUCACCGGGAGGGCGGCAAAGUGACACAAGAAAAAAAAAAUACCAUCUACCUGUCUAAAGUAGGAGCUAAAAAGAAUUGAAUAUACAAUGCGCGCUAUCCUGUGAAGAUGCUUCACCCUAGUUAGCAGCUCUGCUAAAAUUACUAUCUCAUCUACUGUCGCAUCUCUUGUUAAGUAUUCUCAAUGUAGACACAAUUUUCGCGCGAGAAAUACUCACUAGACCUAUGAUAAUUCCCAUUAAUGACAUAUCACUAAAACUGUAGAGCUUUAAAAUAUCAUUACUCUAAUUGCAGUGCUGCUUCAUAAUGUACUUUCCGUAAAACAUGUCAAAAUAAAAUGUCAACAGAU